UAUCCUAAUUCCUAACUACACCAUGCCACCUUCCUUACACAAAAUAUACACAACAAAAUAACAUUAAAUUAAAUUAAAUAAAUAAAAAUAGUCUGCAUUUGAAAUUUUCAAUCCUUAGCCGCAUCCAAAACCAUAAUCUUACGAUGUCGCAAUUCACGUUUCUGUAUCCAUGUAUGUAACGCACACACAACACACACUCAUCGUCUUCAACUGAAUCCGACUGUUUCUUUUUUUUUUUUUUCUCUCCAAAACUUUGAUUUAUUUUGCGUUUCUUGGUUCAAGAAAAGCCCAAGAUUCCAUUUUUAUUUCUUUAUAUUCUUUUGUAGCUUUGUAGGAUUUUUGUCAUUAUGCUGUCGAGAUCCUGCUUCAAUCUGUUGAAUCUCGACGAUUUCUCCAGUGAUCGCACCCGAAUCCCCCGAGUGAUCUCGGUGCCCGGAAUCAUCUCCGAUUUCGAGGAUGCGAGCAAUGCCGAGAUCGCGGAAUCCGACGGCGUUUCGUCCGCCACUCUAGAGAGGCGGAUAGUGGUGGCCAACCAGCUCCCCUUGAAGGCCCACAGAGAUUCAUCACAGAAAUGGCGUUUCGAUUGGGACGGCGACGCUCUGGUUUUGCAGCUGAGAGACGGAUUCCCCCCCGAAACCGACGUCGUUUUCGUGGGGUGUUUGGGGGUGGAGGUGGAUCCGGUGGAGCAGGAUGAGGUGGCCCAGUUCUUGCUAGAAAAGUUCAAAUGCGUGCCCACUUUCUUGAACUCGGAUUUGAUCAACAAAUUCUACCACGGCUUCUGCAAGCACUAUCUCUGGCCCUUGUUUCAUUACAUGCUGCCUAUGACGCUCAAUCAUGGGGUGAGGUUUGAUAAGGACACGUGGCAGGCUUAUGUCUCUGCCAACAAGGUCUUUGCUGAUAGAAUCAUGGAGGUGAUCAACCCGGAUGAGGAUUAUGUGUGGAUACAUGAUUACCAUCUCAUGAUUCUGCCUACUUUCUUGAGGAAGAGGUAUCACAGGGUGAAGCUUGGGUUUUUCUUGCAUAGUCCGUUUCCUUCUUCUGAGAUAUAUAGGACAUUGCCUGUGAGGGAGGAGAUUUUGAGGGCCCUUUUGAAUUGUGAUCUUAUUGGGUUUCAUACAUUUGAUUAUGCUAGGCAUUUCUUGUCUUGUUGUAGUAGGAUGUUGGGGUUGGAUUAUCAGUCCAAGAGGGGUUACAUUGGGUUGGAUUACUAUGGUAGAACUGUGACUAUCAAGAUCCUGCCUGUUGGGAUUCAUAUGGGGCAGAUUAGGUCGAUAAUGGCGUUGCCGGAUACGGCUGAGAAGGUGAGGGAGUUGAGGAGGGAAUACGAGGGGAGGACGGUGUUGUUAGGCGUGGACGAUUUGGACAUGUUUAAGGGUAUUGGUUUGAAGUUUAUGGCGUUUGGUUUGCUGUUGGAGGAGAAUCCUGAUUAUAGAGGGAAUGUGGUGUUGGUGCAGAUUGUGAACUCGCCUAGGAGCCGUGGCAGCGACAUUCAAGAAGUUAGGGAUGAGAUUAGUAGGGUUGCAAGUGAGAUCAAUGGGAGGUAUGGUGGGAAAGGGUAUGAUCCAAUUGUUUGUGUGAAUGGCCCCGUCUCUUUUCAAGACAAGGUGGCGUACUACGCGAUAUCUGAGUGCGUUGUGGUGAAUGCCGUGAGGGAUGGGAUGAAUUUGGUGCCUUACAAGUACACUGUGGCCAGGCAGGGCUGCCCUGACCUGGACAAGGCAUUAGGGCUGCAAGAUUGCACCAAACCUAAGAGGAGUGUGAUCAUUGUGUCUGAAUUCAUCGGGUGCUCGCCUUCUCUCAGUGGGGCCAUCCGUGUCAACCCUUGGGAUGUCAACAGCGUGGCUGAUGCGAUGGUGUUGGGGGUGGUGAUGAAGGAUGGUGAGAAGGAGCUUCGCCACGAGAAGCAUUAUAAGUAUGUUGCAUCCCAUGAUGUUGCCUAUUGGGCUAGGAGCUUUGAUCAGGAUCUCGAGAGGGCUUGUUCCGAGCAUUACAGGAAGAGGUGUUGGGGCAUCGGGUUUGGGCUGAACUCCAGAGUUGUGGCAUUGGGGCCUAAUUUCAGGAAGCUGUCGUUGGAGCACAUUGUGUCGGCUUACAACAACACGAACAGCAGCAGGCUCAUCCUGCUGGACUAUGAUGGGACGAUGAUGCCACCGGAUAGAGUGGACAAAUCACCAAGCCCUGAGGUUAUAUCAGUCCUGAACAGUUUGUGUAAUGAUCCUAAAAACAUUGUGUUCAUUGUUAGUGGGAGAGGGAGAGAUUCUUUAGGGAAGUGGUUUUCACAAUGUGAGAAUCUUGGGCUGUCUGCUGAGCAUGGUUACUUCACUAGGUGGAAGAGGAAUUCCCCGUGGGAAUCCUGCGAAAUUGCAGCUGAUUUGAGCUGGAAAAACAUAGCCCUCCCCGUGAUGGAGCACUACACAGAGGCCACAGAUGGCUCCUCCAUCGAGCAGAAGGAGAGCGCGUUGGUUUGGCAUCAUCAAGAAGCCGAUCCUGACUUUGGAUUGUGGCAAGCGAAGGAGCUCCUCGAUCACCUCGAGAGCGUGCUUGCUAAUGACCCCGUCUUGGUAAAAAGUGGCCAGCAAAUUGUAGAGGUCAAGCCACAGGGUGUGAGCAAAGGCAUGGCGGUGAAGAAUCUGAUGGAGAGCAUGAGAAACAGAGGGAAGGCAGCAGAGUUUGUGCUGUGCAUAGGCGAUGACAGGUCGGACGAGGACAUGUUUGAGGCGAUCGCGGCCUCAGUCGCCAGCCGGUCCCUGCCCGAUGCAGGCGAGGUCUUCGCCUGCACGGUCGGGCAGAAACCCAGCAUGGCCAAGUACUAUCUAGACGACACGUUCCAAGUCAUCAAGAUGCUGCAGGGCCUCUCGGCCGCCUCCUCCUCCUCGUCCUCGUCCUCAAAAUCGAGCCUCGUGAACUCGACCGUCGUCUAGACACGGACAGCAUUCAUCCUUGUACAGAUGGUAAUGGUGGUAGCAGAUGUAGUUAGCACCACACCUCUCUUCUCAUUCACAUAUACACUUCAAAAUUUAACAAAAAGAGUAGGUGUUUGAUGAGUUCAUCCUUGUUUUUUUCUUUGGAGCUCACUUGAUAAUAGCAAGUUCCCUUCAAUUCUUUCCCACAUUUUGAGUGCUUUCUCCUUUUUCAAACUUUGAUCUUACUGCAAAGUAUGAGUAGUUAUAUCUUGAUUGAUAGACAAACAA